AUUUUCGGUAUAUCUCAUUUCUUGGAAUAUAGCCAGACUUCUCUAAGGACGCUUCCGUUCAGACUUGUUUCCAUAAGUUGUUCUUCAUAAGAAGCAAAGAAUAAAACAUAUCAAGUAUAUUUAAAGCUGAACAUUAGAAUGGCUGGCCCUGUUUUGAACGUGGGCAUAGGUCUUUUCAUCUUAGCAUUCAUUUGGGUCUUAGCAUUGGCAGUAUGUAUUACAUUAACAAGAUCCCCGACGAAAAUAGCGUAAGUUCUCACUAACAUUCAUUAACUCAAACUCAAAGUAAUCUCUCAAACUAAAAAAAAAAAGCAGCUCAGGCCUGCUAAAUACUGUAGGCCUAACUGUAAAUAACAGCUAAUGAUAAAAUAAGUAUUAAACUAGUAACUUCUUUCUUUAAACAUUGAGUUCACUUAGUAAAUAACUAACUAAGGUGCAAAUAAGUUUAAUAAGUUAAGUAAUUCUAACUAAAAAAAGUUAAAACUGGAAGUACAUGGACAUGAAAACAUUGAAGUUACUAAUAGUCACUUUAAAUUAAUUUAAUAAAGUUAGGCCACAUUAUUACUUUUAUUAAUUAAUAUUAUUACUAUUAAUAUUAUAAAAUGGACUAAGUCUAAAGAGUGGGCCUUCUAAUUUUAGUUUUAGAGCUAGGCGGCAUAUUCAUAGUGCUUUUAUUGAAAGUAAGCUACUAAUUACUAAGUUAGUAGUAACUUACUAACUAACUAGUUAGCCUACUUCUUGUAAUUAAUGAUUAAUAAAUCUGCCAUCAUCAGUCCCUAUUGCAAUUUCAAAACUUUUCCAACGCAGCACUAAACAAUCCCAUAAUCAUGCAAAUGGAUCCUGCAGUAGGCCUACUUAUAAAUUAAAUUAAGUUAUAACAAUAAUGAUGGAAAGUAAAAUAUUUCACAUUAUUUUUAAAGGAAACAGGAUAAAAAAUGGCAAAUGUUUUGCGGUUGCACCUCCUCCAAAACCUUAAUUUUUAUUUUCUAAAUCAACCAUGUUAAAUUAGUUCUCUAAGUCAUAAUUGAUAAACUCAGAAAAUUAACAAUGAUGGUGAAAAAGAAUUUUACUCAAAAGCUACCAGUGGACAUGGUCUUAUUUAUUGUUUAGCUUUGGAAUUACAUUUUUAAAUGAUUAUAUUAUUUAUCUCUUAUCAGCUUAUCACUAAAAUACACAGCUUCAUCUAAAGAAAGGUGCUUUGCAUCCAACAGGAUUACGGGGAUGCUUUAUUUAAAAAUUAUGUAAAUAUGAGUAGAUACUUAUAAAGAAAUGUACAAAAUAAUUUUUUUUUUUGUUUAUUCAAUUUCAGCAAAAUGGGUCCUGUUUCAAUUUUGAUAGCCAUUGUCAUCUCAAUCAUUUUGAUAUUUAUACCCAGAGAAAGCCAGUUUCCUUCCUCAGAAGAGCAAGCUGUGGUAAGUCUGGGCCUUAAUUUAAUUUAGCAGUUCUUAACCUUUUUGCUCCAUGGAUACCUGACAACUUUUUACUAGGACUGUAGACCACAGAUUAAGAACUCCUGAUUUAAGUAACUGAAUUAUACCUCACAAUAACAUUACUUGGCAGACAAAAUUUGCAACAACUACCACAAUGAUAAAGAAAAUUAAACAAUAUUCCUGGUGUUCAUCAAUCAGAUCUUUUUAAUAUCUGACACAAACAUUUUCUGACUCAUUUAUUGUAAAAUAUUAAUUAUAACAUCACAAAUUAUUAUAUAAUAAUAAUGACACAAUUUUCACCACAGCCCAAUAAAAGCUAAUUUAAAUAAAGUAAUUAAUAAUAUUUUGGAGGGGAAUCAGCUGUUAUGUAAAUGUCUAAAUGAUAUUUUCCUCCAUUUCUUCCAAUCAGAUCUAUGACUACAGUAUUGUGUACCGCUCCAGUCUGAUUGCAGUGAUGGCAUUGUUUGUUGUAGUUGGACUUGUUUUUUAUUUCAUAGGUCAUGCCCUUCAGCCAAUCCAUGCAAAACCACUGCGAAAAUUUCUCCGGUAGCGUGAAAUCAAGUAUCAAUACCUUAUAAGAUAGAUGUCAUAAUGUACAUUUUGUAUCAUAAAAAAUAUUACAUUUUGAUUUUAAUUUUCUUUCAAAUGAUCAAUAGAUAGCAAUAAAUGUUUUCAUAAGCAAAUGCAGUUAAAUUGCAAGAUUUUGAUAGUAUUCAUUUGUUAAUUUAAUUCAAAUUUUUUCCAACUUGAUAAGAGAACUGUGAACACUGGAUAGGAGUUUAUAGUGAAACAAUUAGUAUUCAUUGGACAAAUAUUUAAAGGAUAUCCCUAAUUAAACUUUUAGUCUUAUAUAUUGUACAAUUCAUUUAUGAACAUGAAAUUAUAUUUUUAUUAUGUACUAUUUAAGGCUACACAAGCACAUAUCAGAUUUGACCAUUAAUUGAUCGUUGAUGUUAGAUUUGAUUACUUAAAAUAUUUUAAUAUUUUGUUGUAUUUGGAAAUGCUACUCAGUAAAUAAAAAUGUAAACAAUUUGUGAAACAAAUACCAGUUCCUACUUAUUAUUGAUAUUUUCUUUUUGGAAUUGGAAGCCUCCUUGAAUGGACAGGAAGGAAAACUUAACAUGCUUAUAGAAGGAAAAUAUGUUUGUACAUUUAUAUUUUAUAGUUAUUAGAUGGCACUGUGAGGAUCUUGAACCAACUCACAGUAAACAACUGUUAUGCUUGAGUUCAAGUUUAUUAAACAUUUUUUAAAUAC